AUGGCUCAACAAACCACCCUUGAGGAGUUCAACUCCGUUUACCCCAAGCUUGAGGAGGCUCUUCUCGACCAUGCCCGCUCCUACAAGCUGCCUCAAGAGCAGCUCGACUGGUACAAAAGAUCUCUCGAAGUCAACCCUCUCGGUGGAAAAUGCAACCGCGGCAUGUCCGUCCCCGACUCGGUCUCCCUCCUCCUCGAGAAGCCUCUUACCGAAGAGCAGUACUUCCAAGCUGCUACGCUUGGCUGGAUGACAGAGCUCCUUCAGGCCUUCUUUCUCGUCUCCGACGACAUCAUGGAUUCGAGCAUUACCCGCCGUGGCCAGCCCUGUUGGUAUCGUCAGGAGGGUGUUGGCAUGAUAGCUAUCAACGACGCUUUCAUGCUGGAAUCCGCCAUUUACACACUUCUCAAGAAGUACUUCCGCUCUCACCCCGCCUACGUCGAUCUUAUCGAGCUUUUCCACGAGACCACCUUUCAGACCGAGCUCGGCCAGCUGUGCGACCUCCUCACCGCUCCUGAAGACAAUGUCAACCUCGACAACUUCUCUCUUGAGAAGUAUAGUUUCAUCGUCAUUUAUAAGACCGCCUAUUACUCAUUCUACCUUCCCGUCGCCCUCGCCCUUCACCAGCUCAACCUCGCCACUCCCAGCAAUCUCAAGCAAGCUGAGGAUAUCCUCAUUCCUCUCGGGGAGUACUUCCAAAUUCAAGAUGAUUAUCUUGACAACUUUGGCAAGCCUGAGCAUAUAGGCAAGAUCGGCACUGACAUCAAAGAUAACAAGUGCUCUUGGCUCGUCAACCAGGCCCUAGCCGUAGCAACCCCUGAGCAGCGAAAGAUUCUUGAGGAAAACUAUGGCCGUAAGGACGAUGACAAGGAGAAGGUCGUCAAAAAGCUUUACGAUGACCUCAAUCUCGAGCAGCGUUAUCUUGACUAUGAGGAAAAGGUUGUCGGCCAGAUUCGUGAGCGCAUUGCUAACAUCGAUGAGAACGAUGGUCUCAAGAAAACUGUUUUCGAGGCCUUCCUUGCCAAGAUCUACAAGCGCAGCAAGUAA